UGAGAACAUUUCCAAACAUCUGUUCGGCGAGUGAGCACACCGCCAAUAAAAGCCAUAUAUUUUAUCAAAUUAUCUGUGCUCUGCGGUUUAACCCAACCGUGAAGGCUGCUUUGCCUUUAAAUCAGACUCAUGAUUCUAUACAAGAGAAAAUAAUAACGAAAGAAAAAUAAACUCAACGUUGGUCGUGUCGCGAUAUAGUUUUCCCACUCUCCGGUGGAAUAAGAACGACUCUAAAAAAAACAUAAGAAAAAACAAACAUUUUUUUUUCGUGUCUUGGCAAUGAGAAGCAAUUUAUUCAUCAGAUCGGUAAUAAAUUGCUGAACGUUAAACAAUAUUGUGAGUGCCUCAUUAAUGUAACCGUGUGUGGAUGUUUGUGUCUUUUUUUCGGAAUAAAACAAUCGUUUUUUCUUGCAUUUUACUCGGAGUAAAACAAGAAAAAACAGACACACAACAUAAAAUAAAAUUUCGAAUGCACAGUGAAACAAAACACAGUUCUGAUAACCAUUUUCUAUUUCUUUUCCUUUUGUUCGAUUUUUCUCAAACGAAAACGAGUUAAAAUAUUUUGUGAAUGAAAAACAAAACCAAACAAGAAAAAAAAGAAAUCUUUCGCGUGGCUAUUAAUUUAAUUGUUUCCAAAUAAAAGAAAUCACAAGUGAGGUUGGUUCCGCACAAGCGAAAAUGGUUUAGUUUAACGCGGCAAGUGCAAGCACGAGCUACAAGAAGCAGAAAAAAUCGGCACAGUAUUACAUAUCAAUUGGAAGUGAUUGUGUAACAAAAUACCAAAGAAAAAUUGAUCCAACAAAAUCCAAAAAAAAACCACCCAACGAAACGGAUACAAUAAAACCAAAAUAAAAUUUUUGUUUGAAAUCUCGACUCCUGGUUCAUAUACAUAAAACUGCCAGUCUGUCGCUAUUGGAUAUAAUAAUGGGUCACGCCAAAACGGGAAAUACGAGCUGCCUAACAUUAUAAAUUAAGAAAUCAGCAUCAUUUCGAGCGAGUAAACGCUCGUCUCCCAACAAGAUGGACCGUCUUCGUCGAUCGUUUCGAGACUCAUUUCGACGCCGAAGAGAUCGUGUGCCGGAAGCGUCGAAGCCACAUCAAUGGCAGUCGGACGAGCAGGCGGUACGAUCGGCUACAUGCUCAUUUCCAGUAAAAUAUUUGGGCUGUGUUGAGGUGUUCGAAUCGCGUGGAAUGCAAGUGUGCGAGGAGGCACUCAAAGUACUUCGGAAUUCUCGAAGACGUGCAAUCCGUGGCUUACUGCAUGUUAGUGGCGAUGGUUUGCGUGUGGUCGACGAUGAUACCAAAGGUCUGAUCGUUGAUCAAACAAUAGAAAAAGUUAGUUUUUGUGCACCGGAUCGCAACCAUGAACGCGGAUUCAGUUACAUUUGCCGUGAUGGUACGACGAGGCGUUGGAUGUGUCACGGAUUUUUGGCGAACAAAGAUUCUGGUGAACGAUUGUCACAUGCUGUUGGCUGUGCGUUUGCUGUUUGCUUGGAGAGGAAACAACGACGGGAUAAGGAGUGUGGUGUCACAAUGACGUUCGAUAUGAAAAAUUCAACAUUCACCCGGAGUGGUUCGUUCCGACAACAAAGCAUAACCGAAAGAUUGGCUAACAAUGAACGUAGUGUGGAUCCACCAUCCACAGCUGUCGUGCCACCACAGCCGAAACCGCAUAAUCCAUUCGCCAUUGAACGACCACACGCAACACCGUCAAUGCUCGAGCGUCAAGGUAGUUUCCGCGCAUUUAACGCUCUCAGUACACAAUCUCCAUUCAAACGGCAAAUGUCACUCCGUAUUAACGAUCUUCCGUCCAACGCUGAAAGGCAAAAAGCAUUUCUUGAUCCGUUAGCUAACGGUCAAAUUGGCAUUCGAUCUGUGUCACCAAUACCGGAAAUAUCUUCGCAACAAAUCGAUACCGUUAGUCAACUAUGCCAAGAACUUAGUCAAGGCUUAUCGCUGUUAAGUCGAAACGAUGCUGACGAUCUCAAUUUCAAUAGUUUAACGAGCGUUAAUCAAAAUACGGCAGCUGCAAUGAUAGGAUCGCCAGUAACUAGUCCUAUAACGUCACCCACAUCGAUCUACGCAACAACGGUAACCAGUACGAUUAAUGUAUUCCCUUCAACUAUAAGCAAUGCUCAAGCUCCAUCAGUCGUAACACUACCCAAAAGUCCAAUCACCGUUGCAUCAUCUUCCGAUACUUCACCCAUAAAACAACCGAUCACCGUUCCAAUAUCCCCGCCAACAUCACCACUGAAAACAAUACCGGCCGAUACGAAUGGUGCUUCUCAAUUGCCCAAAGCCGAUCAAUGGCUGGGCCAGGUCGUCAAAAGUACAUCUCCGCUUCCGAAACGUGCUCCACCAUUGGCCGUUCACUCGCGCGCUAAAUCACUGACAACAACAUCCGACCCGUUCGACUCGGAAUGGGUCGCCAAUGUGACGAAACCGGAGCUGCGAAACACAAAUCCGUUCAUAUCGCCACCAAAGCCACCAGCUCAAUCAUUUCAAGUUCAAUUGUAAAUUUCGAUUUUUAUUAUAAUUUGUGGGCGCGGGCAGCGGCGUUGUAUACAUUUUUUUUAAGUGAAUGAAUGUGUCGAUGUGUUUCAGUAGAAUCACUUUUUCGUUAUUUCGUUAGUAAAGAAACAAAACAAAAAAAAUUUAUUCGAUCAAAAUGUUGUGUGGAUGUGUUAGAAAGAACAUUGUUUUCCGGCAUAGCCAGUUGUAGAAUAGAAUAGUUAAACACCAGACGCAAUGAGUCUAUUCUGUGAAAGAGUAGAUUUCGAAACUUUUUUCCGUCUCGGGACGAGGGAAUCACUUUUUUUACAAGAAAAAUGAAGAAUUGUGCCCAUGAAGUCCCAGAACUUUUUGGAUGCGAUGGAGUCUGUAAUAGAGCGAUCGGGCUAUCAAUAAAUGAGGAAGAGUGAUCAAACUAUUAUUAAAUUGUUCAAGCUAGACGCAAAACACUAUUCUGAGAAGGGGACUCUGAGAAAAACAAGUUGUUCAGUGGCACGACUUUUAAAUACGAGAAAAUUAUCAAAACUGUUUUAUUCAUUCAAGAGAAUAGGUACUCCUUGCAAAUUCACAAACAUUUUUUCCUAAGACGUCGACAUGCUGUGAACCAGGAGUUUCUUGAAUCACUGAUAUCCGGACCACAAAUAAAACACAAUGUAUCCCCUUCGGGUGUUUAUUUGCGUGUGACUUGAAUCAGUUUUCUUUUUAACUUAGGCUACUCGAUCUUCCAAUCAUUGACUACCAAUUGUCAACCACACUGCUGCUAGCUAUACCACUAUGUUCAUACGCAGCAAAUCUUGUCAGGACAAAUACCAGAACUUCAAUCAAUAGCAGCGAAUGAUGUUGACUGUUGCUACAUAUUAUUCUGGGCCCAUAACCUGUUAGCAGAGAUUUUUGAAUUGGCUACUCUUACGGAUGUCACUGAUAUUCAAACCACAAAUCUUUACUCUUCCGUCGUGACUUGAAUCAAUUUUCUUGUUAACUUAGGCUACUCGAUCUCUAAAUUCAUCUAGAUUACUACGUCUAUGUUAUUAUCAAGUGAUAGUAGAUUUAUGAUUGGGAAAGCAUUGUUAGUGAAGUUGUAAGGAACGUCAACACAAACUUUGACUUUAAAUAUCGAAACUUUACAAAAG